AUGGCCACAGUUUUUAUACCAAACAGUGACACAACAACUCCAGCCAGAGCUACCAGCUAUGUCAACUUCCGGCCAGAAUCCCACGUCGAACUCCUGAAGACUGAUUCUCCGGCGAUGUACGGCAGAAGACGGCAGCUGUGGCAGCCGCCUAGGGUGGUGGACACCGUGUCAUGCCGGCAACUAUACUUAAGGAGCGCCUAUACGUUUUCAAGAAAAGAAACUGUCCCUCAAAAAACUAAGAAAUGUUUCGGAAAGGUCAAAGAAAGGGUGGCUUCCGGCGGCAAAAAGCAGGGAAAAUCCGGUCAACGGCGGCGACGGAGUAGGUUUGCGGUGGUGAGGAAAGUGAAGAAAGUUUCUUGUGCGGCGUUGUCUGGUAUUUUCCGAAGGCUGUUAUCUUGCACUGCUACUGCUGAUGUUGUGGACCAUAAAAGUUAA